AAGAGCAAUAGGAAAAGGAAACAACCGAAAACGAACACGAAGUUAGAAUUUCCAUCUGACGAGCUCCCUUGUAGUUGUGUCGUCAGCAAAUUAUCAGCCAAAAAUGAAUCCCUACGAGUACCUCCCCGGCCUGGGAGGGGGCGAUAAAAAGGCGGCUUCCACCAUGGACAAGCAGAGGAAUAUGCUGGACAAGCAGCAAAAGAGCCAGUCCAGCUACACACCAUAUGGCGACAUGGGAUUUGCAGAUCCGAAUUACGGGUAUACUAAAAAUGGAUAUCUAGCAUAUUCAAGCAGUUUUGGGUUGUUGAACGUGAUGAACUUGUCAUGCGUUUUUGCAUGACACAUCUGUCUCAGAGGCAACAGAAGUUUCUGUCUUCAAACAUGCCUAUACUCGAUUCAACUCAGGAGCGCAAGUGCACGGGGCGGUGCCAAGUUCGGAAACGCAAACGAUAAGAGCAAAAAAGCCACCUCAUCACUGAUGCAGGGAUUCGACAAGAUCGAUAUGGAUUACCAGCAGAUGAAGGGCGCAUUCGACGUAUAGAAGAGGGUUUUUGCCACUUGUCAUGCAUGAAAAGCAAACUCAUCUAGUGUCUGUCAUGCUGCAUAAAAUACACUACACAAAAAAAAAAAGAAAACUUUUAUCAGGCCUUCGGAUCCAAGAUGGGAACGGACGCGCAAGGUGGUCUCGGCGGUCUUCCUCUUCAGGCAAACAAGAAGUUCGAGUUUCAGGCAGACAUGCCGAAACUCGCCGAGGGUCGAGAAGAGCGAAUGAAGGGCUUGGGCAAAGCAGCAAUCAGGAGGUUAGCGAGGAGAGGAGGCGUGAAAAGAAUAUCGGCGAAAAUACACAAGGACUGCCGUAUUUGAUGGGAUUUGAUUUGCUGUUUUUUUUUUGUCAUGCUCCCAACACACAAGAUGCGUUGUUUGUCAUGCUGAAUUGCAUUUGAAACCUAUGAUGUUUGUACUUCAACUUCUUGAAAACCUAUCUUCAGGUGACGCGAUGGGUUUCUUCCUGGAAUCAACAUUACAAGACGCGCUGACCUACACCACCCACGCAAAGCGGUCUACCGUGAAGCCAAGCGACAUCGUAAACGCGUUGAAAAGGCGCGGACGGCAGAUCUACGGUUACGGAAACUAGGACAACUGGUUGUAACUGUAUUAAGCGUGGUGACAACUACGCUUCAAGAAAAAAUCACGAUUCCUUGAUGUUUGAUGUUGAUGCUUCACGCCUCAUUACUUCACGUUUAGUAGCAAUAAGAAAAGACAGCUUGAAACGUAGCUCGUUCACUGAUCUCACACCGACGCGCAAAUUUACGUAUCAAUGACCGAGCUUUGUUUCAGAAAGUCUUUAGCGAGCUCCUGAUAUUGAGGCUCCUCGCGCUACAAAUUUACCUUCUUCGCUGCACUCUACUGUUGAUUGGAACAAGCAGACAAGCGAACUUUCAGUGCCUCGGGCGUUUUGCUGUUGCAAGACGCUCGUGCGGAAGAAGUAAACUUGUCUAGCUCACGGGACCUCUGCAGCUUCUCACGUUGCAACUGUUUACCAACCAAUCUUUGAACUGUUCAGAUUAUUUGCGACCCCCGUAGGACUCAUUUAUUUGGCGGCGGAUUUACGUACUUUCUCUUUCACUUCUGUCUUGAUAAUGAAGCCUCAAAAAUACCCCACGAAGACGAAGUUCUGGCUUACGCUUACCCUUAUUUCACCUCCGCAUUACACCCCUUUCAUCGUUGGCGCGCCACGUCCAACGAGAGGAGGCUUGGUAGCCCCAAGCAAAGAUUCUUGAAAAUAACGGAAAUUGAACAACGUACGCAGUUGUGGAAUCGCUGUGGUCCAACGUCACCUAGCAAAGUCAGUAGCAAGACAAAAAACCGAGCGAUUGAAAAAAAAGCAGCCACAGAUCAGGACGUUCCUUUGGUAGGGUCCUCGCCUUGUUCUACGUAUGCCUAAGUCUAGAAGAAAAAUAAUAAUUCAUGCUUUUUGUUUAACAAGUGCCAGGAGCAGAAGGUAGUGCUGUGGAAGCCCUUUGGCAGGAGCGCGAACGAAAAACAUAGUACGGACACAAGAUGAGUUGGCCUGGGUGAUGAGAGCCCGUUUUGAGGGAGUAGAAGCGAAGUGCCUAGA